AUGUCCGCCAACGACUACUACGGAGGCGGCGGCCCGCCGCAGCAGCCCAGCUACGGCGGCCAGCAAGGCUACGGUCAACAGCAGCAGUACGGCCAGCAGCAGCACGGCGGCGGCUACCCCCAACAGCAACAAUACUCGCAGCAGUCCCACUCGCCCUACCCCCAGCAAAACGCCCCCUACGGCCAGCCGCCACACCAGCAGGGCGGUGGCUACCAGCAGCAGCCCACGUACGCCCAGCAGCAGGGCGGCUACGACAACCGCGGACACUCCCCGCAACCCUCGUAUCACCAGCAGCAGCCGCAGUACGGCGGCCAACAGCAACAGCAUGGCGGCUACGGUGGCCAGCCUCAGUACGGCGGCGGCGCGGCUGCCUCGUACGGCGGCGGCCCUCCCGGCCAGCAGCAAUAUCCCGGUGGCCCCGGCGGCCCCGGUGGCCCCGGCGGCCCCGGUGGCCCCGGCGGGCCUGAGGGCGAGCGCGGCCUCGGCGCCACGCUGGUAGGCGGCGGCGCGGCCGGCUGGGCGGCGCACAAGGCCGGCGGUGGCAUGCUUGGCACCAUCGCGGCUGUGGGCGCCGGUGCCGUGGGUGCCAACGUCCUGGAGCACGCCUUCAAGAAGAAGCACAAGAAGCACAAGAUGAAGAAGCACGGCCACGGCAGCCGCGGCAUGGGCGGGAGCAGCAGCAGCAGCAGCAGCGACUCGGACUGA